CUCCCCCCUUCUCCUCUGCCGCGCGACCCCGUCGCUCACGCUGCUGGCCGCAGGUUCAACGGCGCCGACCUUGAUCCGAAAUACGUCGCCCCUCAGUUCAGGGGCGAGGAGCCCAACCCGGCUGGCUUCGAGAACGGCAAGACCUACUAUGGGAGCUGCCACUGUGAAGCCGUGACCACGGCAGUGCGGCUGGACGGUUCCCUGGAGGACGGCACUUACAAGGGCCUCCUCCUGGAGUGCAACUGCAGCUUCUGUCGCCAGGGAUAUGCCUGGGUCUACCCGACCUCGAAGCAGAUCGCGAUCGAGGGCAGGGAUAACGUGUUUUACUACACCUUUGCCGACCGUUGCUGGCGUAAGAUGUUCUGCAAGAUGUGUGGUGAGAACAUCGGGACCGAGCCGAACCCGGAUCUCACCGAGGAAGAAGUUGCAGCGCUCCCAAGAUUGAAGCGGGAGUUCCGGGCCGAACACUCUGACAUCAACUCGAUCAACCUGCGCACCAUCAACGGACUGGAUGUGAAACAACUCAAGCUGAGGCGGGAAGACGGGUGGAACAAUCUCAAACCGCAGUACGUGUAUCCGUGA